GCGGCAGAUUCCUCUCUUCUCUAUGAUCUUCUUCUCUUCUAUUAGCUGGACCGCAUUUUCAUGUGCCUGUAAUUGAUUUGUAAACAUUAAAUGAAGAGAAUUGCAGAGCACGAGCGCGAGUGGGCGCCGGACUCGGUCCCCGUAAUCGGAGAACGCUUGCCGGAGAGUUCCGCCGGGGAGGAGGAAUACGUUGAGGUCACGCUCGACCUUCAGGAUGACGAUACCGUGAUUUUGAGGAGCGUCGAAUCGGCAACUGCGAUUCGCAUUGAUGAAAUCAUCGGAGGCUGCGGCGGCGGAUGGAUGACGGCCGAAAUUCCGGCCUCGCCUGCGGCGUCGCGAUCGGAUACCAUGCGGCGGAGCUCUUCGAACAGGAUUCGCCAGUUCUCGCAGGAGCUGAAAGCAGAGGCGGUCGCCAAGGCCAGACAGUUCUCCCAGGAGCUGAAGAAGCUCUCGUGGAGCAGCCAAGGAGCUGCUGCUGCGGCGGCGGCGGCUUCGCGUGCUUUCUCAUCGGCGGCGCCCGGCGGAUUGGACUCGGCUCUAGCGGCGCGGCAAUUGCGCCGGCAGCGGGCUCAGCUCGACCGCACACAGUCCGGCGCGCAAAAGGCGCUUCGCGGGCUCAGAUUCAUCAGCCACAACAAGGCCAAUGCGUGGAACGAAGUUGAGAACAGCUUCUACAAGCUGGCAAAAGACGGUUAUCUCCACCGCGCCGAUUUCGCACAAUGCAUUGGAAUGAAGGAGUCCAAGGAAUUCGCACUGGAAAUGUUUGAUGCUUUGAGCAGAAGAAGAAGAUUAAAGGUGGAUAAGAUUUGUAAAGAUGAGCUUUACGAGUAUUGGUCCCAAAUCACCGAUCAAAGCUUCGACUCUCGCCUCCAAAUCUUUUUCGACAUGGUGGACAAGAAUGAAGAUGGUCGAAUUACUGAAGAAGAAGUGAAAGAGAUCAUAAUGCUUAGUGCUUCGGCAAAUAAACUAUCGAGACUGAAAGAACAAGCAGGGGAGUACACUGCUUUGAUCAUGGAAGAGCUGGACCCUGAAAGACUUGGCUACAUUGAGCUAUGGCAGCUGGAAACACUACUUCUACAGAAGGACACAUACCUAAAUUACAGCCAAGCGCUGAGCUACACGAGCCAAGCCCUGAGCCAAAACCUUCAAGCUGGUUUGAGAAAGAAGAACUCAAUAACAAGGCUGGGCACGAAACUGGUCUAUUUCUUUCAAGAGAACUGGAAGAGAGCAUGGGUGGUCACGCUGUGGCUCUUGAUAUUGAUCGGCUUGUUCCUAUGGAAAUUUUUUCAGUACAAGCAAAAGAGUGCAUACAUGGUCAUGGGCUAUUGUGUCCUUACCGCUAAGGGCGCAGCUGAGACUCUGAAGUUCAACAUGGCACUCGUCUUACUCCCAGUGUGCAGGAACACCAUAACUUGGAUGAGGUCCACCAGACUGAACCGUGUGAUACCCUUCGACGACAACAUCAACUUCCAUAAGACCAUAGCAGCAGGAAUUGUCUUUGGUAUCAUACUUCAUGCUGGAAACCAUCUUGCGUGUGAUUUCCCGAGGCUUAUCAACGAACCAGAUACACUGUAUAAGCAGCUUCUGGCAGAUGAUUUUGGCCAUGAUAAACCCAAUUAUGCAGUCCUCGUUAAAGGAGUUGUAGGGGUGACUGGAAUACUGAUGGUAAUCUUGAUGUCUAUUGCUUUCAUCCUUGCAACAAGAUGGUUCAGGAGAGGCCUCAUUAAACUCCCCAAACCUUUAGAUAGACUAACUGGAUUCAAUGCAUUCUGGUACUCGCACCACCUCUUUGUCAUUGUCUACAUUCUGCUCAUCGUCCAUGGCAUGUUCCUUUAUCUUGUCCACAAAUGGUACAAGAAAACGACAUGGAUGUAUCUUGCAGUUCCUGUGCUCCUAUAUGCUGGUGAACGAUGCCUGAGAUUCUUCAGGUCAGGCUUAUACACUGUCAGGCUUUUGAAAGUGGCAAUUUACCCUGGAAAUGUGCUUACAUUGCAAAUGUCUAAACCUUCCCAAUUUCACUACAAAAGUGGGCAAUACAUAUUUGUCCAGUGUCCGGAUGUUUCUCCAUUUGAAUGGCAUCCAUUUUCCAUUACCUCAGCUCCCGGGGAUGACUAUCUAAGUGUUCACAUCAGACAGUUGGGAGACUGGACACAAGAACUUAAGCGCGUAUUCUCUGAAGCUUGUGAGUGUCCGCAGGUUGGAAAGAGUGGUCUUCUGAGAGCUGAUGAAACAACUAAGAAAAGUUUACCGAAGCUGUUAAUAGAUGGACCGUAUGGAGCUCCAGCACAAGACUACCAAAAAUAUGAUGUUCUAUUGCUGGUUGGCCUUGGCAUUGGAGCAACACCCUUCAUAAGUAUCCUGAAAGACUUACUCAACAACAUAAUCAAAUGGGAGGAGGAAACAGAUUCAGCCUCAGAUUUAAGCAGGAACUCAGAUCUAAUUGUUGUAUCAAGUGAACAGCAGUCCUCCAACAAGAUUUGUUCAAGACAGAAGAAGACUCUGAGGACUACCAAUGCAUAUUUCUAUUGGGUAACAAGGGAACAAGGCUCUUUUGAUUGGUUCAAAGGUGUUAUGAAUGAAGUCGCGGAUCUUGAUCAAAGGGGGGUCAUUGAGAUGCACAACUACUUGACAAGUGUAUACGAAGAAGGAGAUGUGCGUUCAGCCCUCAUUACCAUGGUUCAGGCUCUUAACCAUGCCAAAAACGGUGUUGAUAUUGUAUCUGGAACUAGAGUACGAACUCACUUCGCAAGGCCAAAUUGGAAGAAAGUCUUUUCCAAGACAUGCACCAAGCAUGCUAAUGCCAGAAUAGGAGUCUUUUACUGCGGUGCGCCCGUAUUGGCCAAAGAACUCAGCCAACUUUGCAAAGAGUACAACCAAAGGGGACCAACAAGGUUCGAAUUCCACAAAGAACACUUUUAGGAGGCCAUCACAACAACCCAAUUCUUGAAUUUAAACCGCAGGCGUGGAAAGUACAACUGGACAUUGUUUAUCGAAAACAGGCUCCAAUUGGGAAAAGAUGUUUUAGAACACAAAUUCCACAGGUAAAGCUAGAUGUGAAAGAGAGCUAGCUAUUGGGUUGGUGGACCAUAGUGAGAUCCAUACCACCCAGUAGUUGACCUGCUCUGUAAUGAAAUGGACACACAUAA